ACUAUACCCAGAGAAGAACAGAUGCUUCUUGUGAAAGUAUCUCUCACUUUAGUAAACCAGCAGCAAUCUGCAUGAAUAAAACACACCCAGUUGGCAAACAGGGAGAGCUAUUUGUUUAGUUGUGUGCAUAUAUGCUUAGCUACACCCAAGUAAGCUGCGGAGUUAGAAAACUGGGACCACAUUAACAGAUGCGGCUUCACUGCAAGACGUUCACUCCGAAAAAGAAGUCGUUCUGAUCGAAGGCCACAUGCUUGAUAUUUGGAAGCGGCAUUGAUUGAGUGCAGAGGAAAUGGGGCAGAAACCUUCGCAACAGUCGGCUCCCAAGGACAGCCAAGAGGUUGUCAGCGUCUGUGAGGUGUUCAGUGGAGCUAUCGUGCAUGCCGCUCAGAAAUUGGAGGAGUACCUUGGAUUUGAAGACCCUCUGAGCAAUCUGAGCCCAGCUCCAGACACUCUGAAUGAGAUCUUCUUAAUCCACUUUGUCACUUUCUGCCAAGAAAAGGGCGUAGAUGAGUGGCUCACCACCACCAAGAUGACCAAGCACCAAGCCUUCAUGUUUGGGGCCGACUGGAUUUGGACCUUUUGGGGAUCUGAUAAGCAAAUAAGGCUCCAGCUGGCGGUACAGACCCUGCGGAUGUCUUCUCUUCCUCCUGUAGAGUCUAAGCCUUGUGAGUCCUCCAACUCAGAAUCCAGGGCAGAGUCUUCCCUGAAGAGUAGAUUUGAAAAGCUGGACGAAUUCUGUAGCUUGAUAGGAGAGGAUUGUCUGGGCCUGUUUCUCAUCUUUGGUGUGCCAGGAAAGCCUAAAGACAUCAGGGGAGUUGUCCUGGACAGUGUCAAAAGGGAGAUGGCCAGGGGCCGUCUGCCCGGAGGGAAGGCAGUGGCACAAUUUGUCCUACAAACUAAAGACUGUGUCUCCGUUAGAGAGCUGCUUGGAAGCUGUCUGAGUAAGAAAGACGGGCUACGGGAGGUGGGCAAGGUUUAUAUUCACAUCCUCUGAACUAGAUUGGUGUGAUGAGACUGGUCUGUGAGAUGAAAAGGAAAAGAUAUUUUCUUCUAAUAAGCAAGCCCUUCCACUUGCAUCAUCCCAGCAUGGAAUUCCCCCUCCCUCUCCCACAUGGAAUGAAAAUGAUCACCUGGACAAAACGUAUGAGUGUCAUGAUUAUGGAGAUUUCCAUAUUGUUGGGAAAACUGACAAUUUAGCUUACUCUUUCAUUUAUUUACUCAAUGAUAAAAAUGGGAGGGGAGAAUAAUAAAGUCACCCUUAAAGUUUGAUUUGCAAAAAAAAAAAAAAAUGUCUUUGUUUGAAAUAACAAGUCUAGCUCUGGAAAGCGUAAAAUGUGACUUUACUGCUGUGGGUGAGAGAUGGGGAGGGUGAGGUGGUGCAUAAGACUGUAGAACAGGUUUAAUUACAUUUACAACACCAGUCUCAAUUCAGGACUACCAAGCGAAAUCUCAAACUGCUUUCUUCCUCUGACCCCUGUCCUUACUCCCACGUCACCACAAACUGCUUCUUCUGUGUAGUUUUUUUCU